AUGAAGAAUAAUGGGGAAAAUUCACGCAAAAUAAACAAAAUUAAAUGGAUCAAAGAUCUUCAAGAAUUAAACUUAGCCUACAAUCAACUAUUAAACAGAAAGACCAGAGACUGCAUAGAAGAUAUAAAUAGGAAUUUCAUUUUAUUUUAUCUUUUUAUUCUCAGGGCGAAAUUGAGAUUAAAACACUAACAUCAUUGUGAAGGAAAACUAAACUAAUAGUAGAAUUAAGUAAGCACACGCAUUAAAUUUAUGUGUAAAAGAAUAAUCUAGUCGAGCUUAAACUAUCUACUUAUGGAGCAUUCAGAAAUUUUCAUUUAUACCUCAAAGAUUUUUCUUCAUUGUUCCCACUUUAUUUUGCAUUUAAAAUUCUUAAAAACAUCGCUGUGGUCAACGUUUAACAUCUUACUAUAAAGAUGUAUAUUUUUGUUGCUACAACUAUAUUGAAUAAAAAGACCG